AUGCUUGUCGUCCUGCUCUUCCUGCUGUUGGGUUUCGUUCAGGCCUUCUGGGCGAUGGACAGGGAGCGCGCCGAUGAGGUGAUCCUGUGGGAGGUCGUUAUCUUCCUUUUCGCGGGCGAGAGCAUGAUCGACAAGAACGAGGACUCUGGCAACGACGUCGAGCGUGGCAUCACGGUGUUCCUCUCGAUGCUGGGCCUGCUGGUCUUCUUCGGCUGUACCCUGAACAUCUUCAUAGCCGUGCUGGGGGACCUGUACGACCAGGAGCACGAGCGCGCGGUGUGCACCUUCCUGAAGGAGAGGGCCAAGAUCUGCUUCACCCUUCGCAUGCGGCCGGAGUGGCGGUGCCGGGGUCUGUCGGAGCGGAUGCCCAGGCUCGUGGUGCCCUUCCUGCUCGUGGCGACGUACGGCCUCCUGCGGGGGCCCGCGGCCCUGUCGUCGGCCCUGUCGUUUGCGGCCUGGCUGCCGUCCACGUGGUCCGCGGUUUGCUUCCUCUUCGCGCAGGUGUGGCUGGAAGGCGAGAUUCUAUCUCAGUGGGACCAGAAGUACCUCUGGUUCUGCGUCGACAGGAAGGUGGACGAGAGCAUGUUCAUGCUGGACGAGGCCCGUUCCGUCAGGAGCCACGGGCGCAUCGGCAGGAUGAAGAGGCACAUGGUCGAGCAGUGCAAGGCCAUCUCCACGGAGUGCCAGUCAGCUGUGGGCGAGCUCCGCGGAGAUGUCCACGUGCUGGCCACUAGCGUGGAGCAGACGCUGGCCGAGCUCCGCGAGCUCCGCCAGGAGCUGCAGCAGCAGCCGCCCCCGCGCGGGCGGCGGAGUGUGGACUCCGCCGCCUGCGCGGAGGCGGCCGCGAACGGCGUCGCGCCCGAGCGGGCGAUGUCGGAGCCAGUGAGCAGCUCUCCGCGCGCAGGCAGAAAGCUCGAGGCUGGCAAGACGGGCUUCUCCACGCGGCGCGUCCGUAAGAAAAAGCCCGGCCGCCAAGCCCUGGACCUGGAAUGA